GCAUGGGCUUUAAUGGAUUGGGCGGGUUGGGUGAUGGUUAACCAUCGAACCCAUCAAGGAGCAGAGAGUCACAGAGAAUACUCGAUACAGACACAGAACUGAGAGAAGAGAACGCCUGAACGAGAAGAGGAGAUGAUGAAAUCUAGGGUUUAGCAGAGACCAUUCGAUCAAUACAAUGAUUUAAUCUGUCGGAGAACGAAGAGGGAACUCUAGGUUUUAGCAGAGAUACGGCGAUUAAGGCUAUCGGAGAACGCAGAGGGAAGGACGAAUUCUAGGGUUUAGCAGAGACCAAUACGUCGAUUUAGGCUGCCAUUUCAGGUGCUUCUGCUUCUGCAUGAUUCCCAAGAAUAUUGCUUUCUUGCCAAAUACAAAGACUUGCAACACUAAAGUCAGGUUGAACGCAAACCAAAUACUUAACCUUCUUGAUUUCUUGCAACACUAAGUAGAUUCUUAAGGGGAACCACUGCAAUGAGCAACAAGACACUAAUCAAAUGGUCAAAACAAAUCACAACAUCCCAAGUACAGAAGCUGAUACGAGCAGAAAGAGACAUCCAGAAAGCAAUUCUCAUCUUUGAUUCAGCAACAGGUGAGUAUGCUAAUGGAUUCCGACAUGAUCACAACACCUUUGGAGUCAUGAUUUCCAGAUUAGUUUCAGCUAAUCAGUUCAGAUCAGCUGAGGAGCUCCUCAGUAGAAUGAAGGAGGAGAAGUGUGAUCUUACAGAAGGCAUAUUCCUUUCCAUCUGCAGAGCUUAUGGGCGAGCUCACAGGCCACUUGAUGCCCUCAGAAUUUUUCACAAUAUGAAGGAAUUCCAGUGUGAACCCACUCAAAAAUCUUAUGUCACCAUCUGUUCUAUUCUUGUUGAUAAUAACCAGUUGAAGAUAGCCAAAAAAAUUUACAGGCACAUGAAAGAAAUGGGUUUUCCACCCAAUACUGCUUCACUCAAUGUUUUGAUCAAGGCUCUUUGCAUGAGCAGUGGGACAAUGGAUGCUGCUCUUAGAAUAUUCAGAGAAAUGCCCAACCGUGGAUGUAUUCCUGAUUCUUACACGUAUGGUACUUUGAUUAAUGGGUUAUGUAAGAUGCAAAGGAUUGAAGAAGCAAAGGAGCUAUUCAAAGAGAUGGAAACAAAAGGUUGUUCAUGCACUGUUGUUACGUAUACGUCUUUGAUUCAUGGUUUGUGCUUGUCUAACAGUUUGAAUGAAGCCAUAAAAUUAUUUGAAGAGAUGAGUAGCAAAGGUAUUGAACCCAAUGUAGUUACUUACAGUUCUUUGAUGGAUGGUCUCUGCAAGAGUGGACAAUCUUCAGAAGCCAUUGGGUUACUGGAAAGGAUGGUUAGUAAGCACUAUUCCCCAAAUAUGAUUACUUAUAGUGCUUUGAUUAAUGGACUUUGCAAUGAAGGAAAGAUUAGGGAAGCACUGGAGGUACUUGACAGGAUGAAGCUUCAAGGAUUGAAACCAGAUGCAGGGUUGUAUGGAAAAGUUAUACAUGGUCUCUGUGAUUCCUUUAAAUUCCAAGAGGCUGCAAAUUUCCUUGAUGAGAUGGUUCUUGGGGGAAUCUCACCUAAUCGUCUAACUUGGAGCCUUCAUGUUAAGAUUCAUAAUAUGGUUGUUCAGGGCCUUUGUACUGAUAAUGAUUCAAGUCGAGCCUUUCAAGUGUAUCUUAGUACACGUACCAGAGGCAUCUCCAUUGAUUCUCAGACAUUUAAUUCUCUUGUAAGUUGUUUUUCUAAGAUAGGCGACAUUCACAAAUCUGCUCGCCUUGUCAAUGAGAUGGUGUUGGAAGGAUGUGUUCCUGAUAAGGCCAUAUGGAAUUCUGUUGUUGAUGGAUUCUGGAGUCGAAGGAAUGUGCGAGAAGUUGCUGAGUUGCUGCAAGUUGAGUUGAUGCAGGACUUUCUUGAGCCCAAAGUUUGAUUUUUAGCAAGAUCUUGCAUCCUUGCAGCCAUUCUGGACUCCACUAUAGGAAGUUGUUAUUUGAUAAAAAAACCUCUCUCCGGAGUGCAUACUGCUUGAGGCCUACAAUAUCAUGCAAUUUUUCACAUCUUGCACAAGACCCUUUAUGCCUGGAAACAGGCUUGUGGCUCACAUGUAUCAUGGUUGUUUCUUAAGGUGCUAACUGAGUUGUGCUUGAGACAUUGGAGGAUUUGUUGAGCAUUACCCAUAUGUUCAAUAUUGAUCUCAUUUGCAGGCAAUGAAUAAAACCGCUUGAAAGGACAGAAUUCAUGAAACCACAUGCCAUCCAUUAAUGUGCAUAGUGCCAGUCCAAUUCCUUCAUGGCAAUGACAGAAUCUGGUUCCCCCAUCAAGGAAUUAUCCUUUAUUAUUGAUAUUAAGGAAAGCUACAUUUCUCCAUUGGAAGGUGUGAGAAGAGAUCAAUCCCUGCAUUCCAUACGCUGGACUUUGCAAGAAACUUAGCCUAAAAGGUGUCAGAGAUGUGCUUUCAUUGGUGGAUACUAGAGACUCAAAAGCCACAUGCAUGAGUGGAGAUCACAGAUUAUAGAUAGCUUUUCGUCAAAGUAUCAGAUAGGCAUCUAUUGGUACGAGCAUGGAAAUAAAUGGAAUCUCCUAAAGCCUUCCAGUAGAAGCUGUGCAGACUAACAGAAGACGUUUCAAACAUCUGGAAGUCCCGCAUCCUUGACAUGGAUCCUAUUGCAAAGUCUGAUCCUCCACCAGAACUGCCAUGGAUAGGUUGAUGCCAUGUGUACCACCUGGUAAGUAUCAAACUUUUAGUCGGGUUGAUGCCUUGGUGGACCAAACCAAGAGGGGGGCCAUUCAUCUAUUUAACUACAAAUGCGUACACUCGGGAUUUCCUACUCACUUUUUCUACCCACUCUCUACCCGCCUUGAAUUGGAGCCACACAUCUCUACUAUGAAUUAAGAGAUGUGUGGCCCCAAUUCAGGGCGGGUAGAGAGUGGGUAGGAAAAGUUUGUAGGAAAUCUGGGCUCAAAUGCAUAAUGGUUAGACAAUUGUUAUGGCAGAGUGAACCCAUGUCCAAGAUAUUCAUUUAAACAAAUUUGUCAGUCCAACCAAUCUCUUUUUAGUUUAAUUAUUCACCAGGUUACUGUUCUGUUCUUUUU